GUGAGAAUAAACACUUGGAAAAAAGGAAAGGCAAAGAAGAAAUGCAGUGAGUCGAAGAUGAGCAAUAACGAUAAGGAUAGAUAGAAAGCAGGCAACGCGGCAGCUACCAGCGACUGUUCCGUUCCGACGCCACACUCCGCUCUUCUACUUCAUUUUUUCGGAUAUGUCUUCUGAUAGUGCAAAGGAAAAUGCAUCAGUAGUUGAUUCAUCAGUCUCUGAAUGGAGGCAUGACAUUGGAAAUUCAGAUGAUCCAGAGAGCUCUGGAUACAAAUUCAAUGAAAACAUUAAUCAAACUAGGACACAUACAGUGGGCCACUCUCAUGGGAAGAUUGGGCACCCAACAGGAAUUGGAGUGGAAAAAUGGCACAAUAUUAAAUAUUUUAUUAUCAAGAGUUUGAAUCAUCAAAACAUCCGUUUGUCAAUUGAGAAAGGAAUUUGGGCUACUCAAAUCAUGAAUGAACGGGUUCUAGAAGAAGCUUUUCAUAAUUCAGGCACUGUAAUCCUCAUAUUUAGUGUCAACAUGAGUGGUUCCUUCCAAGGGUAUGCACAAAUGAUGUCCUCCAUUGGAAGGGGCAGAGACAAUGUUUGGAGUGAGGGAACUGGCAAAAGUAAUCCAUGGGGUCGAAGUUUUAAGGUCAAAUGGCUGUGUUUGAAUGAUUUACCUUUCCACAAGACUCUACAUCUCAAGAAUCCAUUGAAUGACUACAAGCCUGUCAAAAUUAGCAGAGAUUGCCAGGAGUUAUCUCCAGACAUUGGUCUAGCACUUUGUGAACUCCUUGAUGGUAAGAAUGAUAUGGAUGGCCUGGUGACCAGUUCAUCAAGGGACGAAUUUUCUUUGAAGGGGUAUUAUGCAAAUACUCCAAGUUCAACAGGAGAUGAAGACUGUAACUUUCCUCCACUGCAUUUGUCAUGGUCAAUGCCCCUGCCUUAUUCUUCCGCGUUCUACCAAAAUCAGCCUGAAGUAAAUAAAUCUCAUUCAGUACACCAGAGAUUCAGUGGGUCAAUGUUCACUGAAAUAUUGCCAACCACUUCUGAGUCAUCACAAGUGUCGGGGGUUAAACGUUCUCAUUUUAGUGAGCAUAUUCCAAAACGACAAAUGAGUAAGGAUGAGGCUUCUCAAUUUGAUUUAUGGGGUCUAUCUUCGUGGAGCCCUUUAGCUAGUACCCUAAGCGAGGAUGAUUUUCUUGAUAUGUCCUAUGAAGAAUACCUGGAGGUCCAUAGCAGAUGCAGGAAACAGUUACGCAUCAGUGCAACUAAACCAUCUAGGAAACAACUAGAAUCGUCGAGAAGUAAUUCACAUGAGGAUGAUAGGAAUUUAGAAGACGAGGUUGAUAGAGACAGGAGCAACUCUCAUGGGAGGAUACAUCAGUCAUCUUUGCCAUGGAUAUAACUGCUCCUCCAAUAUGGAAACACAUUAACUUUUCGUCAGCUAAAUUUUGCACAUGGGUUGUGGUGUUGUCAUCUGGAAGGAGGACCUUUUCCUGCUUUUCAAAAGCAAAUACAAAAUGGAAGUUAAUUGUAAUUUGCCUAAAAUUAGGACUUGAUAUUGAGCCUCGUAUUAAUGCGAUUCAAACCGAGGUUAGUUUGAGGCUUGUUUAUCAAUUGUACAAAAUUUAGAUUAGAUUUGAUCAAAACACACCUUGUGUGUAUAUAAUACUAGAUUUUACACCCACCCGUGUAAUGCAUGGGAUAUUAUACAUUAUUUAUUAAUAAAUAUUAAAAUGU